CAUCUCCUCAUUCUUUUCAAACGUCAGCAGGACUAGGCUAGCGAAGUCUCUCUAUCUUCAGUAGCGACGGAUAUUGCUUCCCAAAUCCAUCGACAACCUGUCGAGGCUCACCUCCCCAACCAUGAGUGUACACGAACAAAUUGAGGCGCUUGGACUCCGAACUUACGGCAAAGAACGCGAAGACCCAAAUCAUAUCCCCAGACGUGUCAUUCUCAAGUACGAACCUGUGAUCCAGCUGUACAAAGAAGAACUUGCAACCCUAGCGGAACGGCUUCAACGCGAGCAAGGCGAGCAGGCAUACUACGAAGAUGAUCCUAAGCUGUUCGACAAGGAACUCGACACUCUCCUCGCCGAAUAUGGCCCUAAGAUAUGGCCUCGACCCGAGCUGGGUAGCAGAGAGCAUCUGCGGUCACCGAAGAAGAACACAAGGUACAUGUCUGAUCUUGUGUACCCCCGGGACAGCUCGAUAUUGAAGCAGUACCUCCGGAAGAUAGUAUGUCGCAAGUGCUUCAACCUUGGUAGGACUGAGAAGCAGCGGCAGAAGACCGCAGCCACACCAGCGCGCAGACGACGCGUGCGAAAAUCCCAGAAAUCGAAAUCAACUCCGCCUCGAAAAGCCCUCACCCCAGACAACGAUGAUGACGAUGACGACACCGCCUCCGGGUCUGAUGAUUCAGUCAUGGGUACCCAAACCCGACGCCAGGCUACGAAGAGGAGCGCUGUAGAUUCACGGAAUGAAUCCUUCCAGAUCGAGCUACGGUUAUAUCGCGUCUCUUCAGGGCCUGCUCCGGUGUUACCCCUUGGAAACGUGCUUCUGAGCGGCGACUGCACGGCUGACGAAUGUUUCUCUCGAAUCAGCGAGCAUUCCGAUUCGGAUUGCAGUUGGAUGGUCUUCCAACUACCAGAGGAUAUGUCUCGCGAGGCUAAAGUUCGUGUACAUCGAGGUACUCGGGCUUCGGAAGUUGCUUUCCAGCGCGUCAUCGAUCUCUUCAGGAAUUCGCGGAUGUUUCGAAGCGAAUCUCCGCGCUCUGUCGAGGUUGAGAUUGGGCUGGACUUGUUCUCUGGGGCUUGAACCGAUCGGCUAGUACGGGAUGCGUUGCGCAUCGGGUGUCGGGAAGAUACCCACUUUGGAUUAUACACUCCCAGGAACUCUCCUUUGCGACCUUUCCACAAUACAUUCAGUAGGUGUUGGAAGCGUUAAUCGUUGUGCUUCAGGCGCUGUAGAUAUUCUUGCAGCAUAGCUACACAUCUCAUCGGAUCAUGAUACCUCUUCAUUUACAUCCAUACGUAGAAUCUUUCGCAACUCGUCAUC